AUGGCAUCCAUUGUUAAAGAGAAAGAAACUGCAAAAGUAUUAGAAGAAAAAAAGGGAAAAUUGGCGCAAUUUCAAGAUGAAACCUCAAGGUUUCUUGAGAAAAAUAAAAGGUUUAUCAGUAUUGGUACUGGUGGAUCACUCCUUGUUCUCUUUCACAUCUAUGCCGGUUUUGCAAUUGCACAUAGUUUUGAAACUGCAAAACCGCUUGUUAUACUAACCUGUUUGGCCUAUGCCGGCUUGGUGUAUUUUUUUGUCAUUAGAGGAUUUUUGGCGAAACUUGAAGAACCAUUGAAACCGGUUGCUGAAAUUUCUGGACGCAUAUGGAACUGGGAACUCUUUGGCUGUGUUCCUCUUUUUAAGCUCUUAGCUGUAGCUGUAUUGCUCGCCGCAUUCCUUGUAUGGAUAAUAAUUGACUCUAAAGAUUCGAGAAUUCGUCUUCGUAGUGUUGCCGGUAUGGCAAUGUUUAUCGUUUUAGCUGUUAUAUUCUCUGCAAAUCCUGCCAGGCUGCAAAUAAACGUUGCUACAGAAAAGGUCAACCUAAUUAGUGUUCAGAUAAAGUGGCGACCCGUUAUCUGUGCGUUGAUCUUGCAAUUUUGUAUUGGACUUGUGGUGUUAAAAUGGCCUGCCGGUCAUAACGCUUUCCAGUGGCUUAGUAACAAAAUAGUUCGAUUCCUGGACUACACCGUCAAUGGAACUACUUUCACGUACGGUUUUGUUGCUGCGCCGCCAAACAUCUGUGGCUUUGGCAGUGUCUUCAUAUACACAAGUCUACAAAUUAUCAUUUAUUUCGGUGCAAUAGUAAGCGUUCUGUAUUAUUUGGGAAUUAUCGAAUUUGUGCUUUCAAGAGUUGCUUGGUUAAUGCAGUACACUGUUGGAACUACGGCAGCCGAAAGUCUAAAUGCCGCAGCCUGCAUCUUCCUAGGUCAGACUGAAGCAGCAAUUUUAAUCGAACCGGCACUUAAAACGAUGACUGAAAGUGAGAUUCACUCAGUGAUGACAGCUGGGUUUGCUUGUAUUGCUGGAUCCUUGUUUUCAGCCUACAUUUCUUUUGGUGCUUGUCCUUCAUACUUGCUAUCAGCGACAGUGAUGUCAGCAGCAGUAUCAUUAUCUAUCUCAAAAAUUAUUUAUCCAGAAAUACAAGAAUCUCGUCAGAAGUCUAUUGGUUCUUUUAAAUUCAAAGAUCGUGGUGCGAACAAUAUCCUUGAAUGUAUUAGCAACGGCGCCUGUCAUUCUUCGAAAUUCGUAUGGGCUAUUGGAGCAAACUUGGUUGUAUAUUUGGCAUUACUAGCGUUGUUGAACAAAGCCACCUGGUGGCUUGGUGACACUGUGGGAAUUAAAGAUCUUUCAUUCAAUAGACUUCUGGGCUACUGUUUCUUCCCGUUAGCAUAUAUGAUGGGGGCUUCAGAUGCUUCUGACUCGCACACCGCAGUAGAUGAAACUUUGAAAGUGGCCGAAUUGAUGGGAAUGAAGACAGUACUUAAUGAAUUUAUAGCAUACCAACGUUUGUAUGAAUAUAUGCAUGAUGGUACACUAAAAGGGACGAAGAUUAGUCUCACUAGGCAGUGCUGGAUAUCACAAAAGAUUAAAGUGAGAAAACGGAAUGCUGUUGAAGACGACAUCCCGAAGCAUCUUACGACAAGGCUAUUUAGUGCUUGUAAACCGUCUCUGACUAAAAUAAACCAAAAAAAAAGAGCGCAAAUGAUCGCUACUUACGCCCUUUGUGGGUUUUCAAAUAUUUCAAUGAUUGGGUCACAAAUGGGAAUUCUGACUUCGAUGUGCCCGCACAGGAAGUCAAUUUUCGCCAAAGUGGUAGUACGAGCCUUAGUUGCUGGAUGCAUUUCUUGUUUCAUGACUGCUUGCGUUGCUGGUUUGUUGUUCAUUAGUCACUACUAA